UUCCCGGUGCGGACUCUGUCCGUGCGUGAAGUGUCGGCGCUGCAGCCUGAACGAUGUGAGCGCACACACGUUCACUGCUGCUUUUGUGUUUUGCCCCCUUUAGAUUUUCAAUCCCUGAGACACCCCCCUCCCCACCUCGACAUUUUAACUGCAUUAAAGUUAAGAGCAGUCGCUAGGGAAAAACAAAAACAGCGUCUCAGUGGGUAACCGGCUGGAAUCUGCUUCGAGUUUACGCUGUGGCCGUUUUAGUUGUGAAGAGAGAAAUUAAGAUAAAAUUUCGCGAACAAAAGUUUGGAGACUUCUGGGUUCGGUUCAUUGUAUUGGCUUUGCUUUUGAGGAGAUGGGCUCGAAGAUGAAAAGCAUACGCUGUGUGAGUGCAGCAGUGUUGCUUUGCUUGCUCGGGGUCACUUUAGAAUCCGAGCUCGACUGUGAGGAGGUGAAGAAAGUUUUCCAACUGCGUCAACUCGGACCAUCCAAGUGGCUGCCGGAGACCCCCAGACCUGGGUCCGGUCUUCAGGUAUGCACAUUGAAGAACAAAACAUGUUGCACAAGAAAGAUGGAGGAACGAUACCAAUCAGCAGCUCGUCAAGAUAUUCAAAAUUUGCUUCAAACGUCCAGCUCAACUCUGAAAUUUUUAAUAUCGCGGAAUGCAGCUACUUUUCAAGAAGCUUUUCAGAAUAUAAUUCAACAAGCUGAGAACAACACAAAGAUGCUGCUGAAAACUACAUACCGAAAUAUGGCCUUUCAGACAGCUGCACCAGUUCAAGAACUCUUUACCGAUGUUGCACUCUUCAUUUUUGGCUCAGAGAUAAAUGUUGAUGAAUUUGUGAACAGAUUUUUUGACAGCCUCUUUCCGUUGGUCUAUAAUCAUCUAAUCAAUCCAGCCCUUACUGACGUCUCUCCGGACUUUGCAAUGUGUAUACGAAUGGCAAGGAAGGACCUCAACCCAUUUGGCUACCUUCCAAAAUUAAUAUCAAGUCAAAUGUCAAAAUCUCUAAUGGCUGGGCACAUGUUUUUGCAGGCCUUAAAUUUAGGAAUUGAAAUAAUUAACACAACUGAUCACUUGCAGUGUACCAAAGAGUGCAACAGAGCUUUGCUGAAGAUGCAGUACUGUUCCCAUUGUCAAGGCUGGACUAAUCGUAAGCCAUGUAUGGGAUAUUGCCUGAAUGUGAUUAGAGGAUGCCUUGCUAAUAUGGCAGAAAUUGAUCCACACUGGCAGGAAUACAUCAGAUCACUUGAGGAACUGUCAAGUGGAAUACUGGAAACGUACGAUUUGGAACAAACUUUGCUGAAUCUCCAUUCAUUAGUGAAUGAUGCAAUAAUGAAUGCACAAAUCAAUGGGCCAAAAUUGUCAGCAAUGGUAAAUAGAGCUUGUGGACAUCCUGUUAGAAAACCUACACAGUCUUCAGAUUAUCAAUCAGAUCUUUACAAUGAUAAACAUGGACUGAAAAUCAUUCAUAAAGAAAAUGAGGAACCAUUAUCCAGCAGGCGAAAAGAGUUUAUCAGUAGUCUGCGGUUAUAUAGAACUUUGUACGGUGGGCUGGCUGAUCAGGUCUGUGUGAAUGACUUAGCGGCUUCUGAUGGAUUAGCUUGCUGGAAUGGAGAAGAUGUAGUAAAGAGUUACACACGACAAGUAGUUGGCAAUGGCAUCAAAGCCCAGUCAAAUAACCCAGAGGUGAAAGUUAAAGGAACUGACCCAGUCAUAAAUCAGAUCAUUGAUAAACUGAAGCACAUCAAUCAGCUGUUACAAGGAAAAGUGAUCUCCAAGUAUGAGAAGUGGCAACUGGCAGAAAAGGGAAGUGGGCAAAUGGAUGGUGACGAUGUCCAGAUCAGUGGAGACUGUGAUGAUGAAGACGAGUGCACUGGCUCAGGAAAUGGAGCAGUAAAAACAGCUUCCAAACUGUCUGAAUCAGGGCUGCCUGACAAGAAAAAUAGGCACAGAUUCGCUCUGGGUGAUGCUGAUACAACCUCUUGGACAAACAAACCUGGUGCAGGAGCCGUGUUGUCACGUGGAAUUAUAAUAGUUCCUCUGAUCACUUUGGUAGUUUUGAUUCUCCUUUGGUAAAUCCAUAUCACUCAACUUUUGCCUUAUACUUUAUAGCUGAAUUCUGAAAGCACAAUGACACAAAUAUAUUUAACGGUUUAGUGCCAAUGAUGGACAUUUACUUUUGAAAUACUAUUUGCUUUGAUUACUUUAGUUAUUCAGAACAUGCUGCAAAGAAGAUGUGUUCGCUCUAUGUAAUUUUACGACAAUGCUUUAAAAUAUUGAUCCUUACAAAGCUUCUUUCCAUAAUUAUUGCUGCACUGGAUAGAAAAUGCAGAUACAUUUCUGCUUAAAACAAUUGAAACACAAUGCAUAUGUUUUCAUUAUACUACCUUCUUCACCCUUGUGCCCUCAGCUGCCAGGAACAAUUAAAUUAGAAUGUAGCGCUUUAUUAGCUGUGAAUGCGUGGUUAAUCUAGUUUUAGAUCCUGAACCCUUUUCAAAAUAUGCUCACAUUAUUCCAGUAUGCUCCUGUUGGCAUUCCCAAGAUUUUCCUCCCAGUGUUCCCUGCCCACUUGCUGUUUUUUCUCCUUUGAUUGGUCUUUUUUUGCAGUUUUGCCCUUUGAAUUGUGCCCUACUGCAUUCGCAGCUUUUGAUACAAGUCUUUGCCUCAGAUUUCUUUUUUGAUGAAAAGCAGAGACCUCUCAGAUUCUCCACCAGGGCCAAUAGAUAUGGAGCAUGCUACCUCAGUAUGAAGCAAGUUUAACAAGAGUACCUAAUGAAAUACAAUGUAAAUCAAUGACCAGACAUGAUCAGCUGGGAAAGUGGGCAAAGAAAUGGCAGAUGGAAUUUAACUCAGCCAAGUGUGAAGUGAUGCAAUUUUGGAAGUUAAACAAGAACAGGGCAUUCACAUUGAAUGGCACAGCCCUGGGGAUUAUUGUUGAAUGUAGAGAUCUUGGGCUACAAGCACAUAGUUCCUCGAAAGUGACAACACAGAUAGACAACGUAGUGAAGGCAUGCAGCACUUUUGCCUUCAUCGGCCGAGGCAUUGAGUGCAAGAGUUGAGAUGUCAUAUUACAGUUGCACAAAAUAUUGGAUAAACUACACUUGAUGUAUUGUGUGCAGGUCUGAUCACCACACUACAGGAAAGAUUUGAUUAAGCCAGAGUGGGUACAGAUAAGAUUCACAAGAAUAUUGCCUGGAUUGGUGAGUAGAGUUAAGGAAAACCACAAGGCAUUUUUCACUUACGUGAAGAGCAGAACGAUGAUGAGAGUAAAGGUAGGACCGAUCAGAGACAAAGGUGGGAAGAUGUGCCUGGAAGCUGUGAAAGUGGGUGAGGUUCUCAAUGAAUACUUCUCUUCAGUAUUCACCAAGGAGAGGGGCAUUGAUGAUGCUGAGGACAAUGUUGGUAAGGUUAAUGUUCUAGAGCAUGUGGAUAUCAAGAAAGAGGAUGUAUUGGAGCUGUUAGAAAGUAUUGGGACAAAUAAGUCCCCAGGGCCUGACAGAAUAUUCCCCCGGCUGCUCCAUGAGGCGAGGGAGGAGAUUGCUGAACUGUUGGCUAGGAUCUUUGAGUCUUCAUUGUCCAUGGGAAUGGUACCGGAGGACUAGAGGGUGGCAAAUGUUUUACCCUUAUUCAAAAAAGGUAGUAGGGAUAGUCCAGGGAAUUAUAGACCAGUGAACCUUACAUCUGUGGUGGGCAGACUGUUGGAAAGGAUUAUUAGAGAUAGGAUCUAUGGGUAUUUAGAGAAUCAUGGUCUGAUCAUGGACAGCCAGCAUGGCUUUGUGAAGGGCGGAUCAUGUCUCAUAAGCCUGAUAGUGUUCUUUGAGGAGCCAACCAAGCAGAUAGGGCAGUAGAUGUGGUCUACAUGGAUUUUAGUAAGGCAUUUGACAAGGUUCCACGUGGUAGGCUUCUUCAGAAGGUCAGAGGGCAUGGGAUCCAGGGAAGCUUGGCCAUGUGGAUUCAGAAUUGGCUUGCCUGUAGAAAGCAGAGGGUUGUGGUAGAGGGAGUGCAUUCAGAUUGGAGGGCUGUGACUAGCAGUGUCCCACAGGAAUCUGUUCUGGGACCUCUGCUUUUCGUGAUUUUUAUUAAUGACUUGGAUGAGGAGGUAGAAGGGUGGUUUGGCAAGUUUGCAGACAACACAAAGGUUGGUGGUGUUGUGGAUAGUGUAGAGGAUUGUCAAAGAUUGCAGAGGGAUAUUGAUAGGAUGCAGAGCUGAGCUGAGAAGUGGCAGAUGGAGUUCAAUCAGGAGAAGUGUGAGGUGGUACACUUUGGAAGGACAAACUCCAGAGAGGAGUACAAAGUUAAUGGCAAGAUUCUGGGUAGUGUGGAGGAGCAGAGGGAUCUUGGAGUUCAUAUCCACAGAUCCCUGAAAGUUGCCUCACAGGUGGAUAGGGUCAUUAAGAAAGUUUAUGGGAUGUUAGCAUUCGUAAGUCACGGGAUCAAGUUUACGAGCCGCGAGGUAAUGAUGCAGCUCUACAAAACUCUGGUUAGGCCACACUUAGAGUACUGUGUCCAGUUCUGGUCACCUCAUUAUAAGAAGGAUGUGGAAGCAUUGGAAAGGGUGCAGAGGAGAUUUACCAGGAUGCUGCCUGGUUCAGAGUUAUGAGGAGAGACUAAGGGAGCUGGGGCUUUACUCUUUGGAGAGAAGAAGGAUGAGAGGAGACAUGAUAGAGGUGUAUUAAGAGGAAUAGAUAGAGUAGGCAGCCAGCGCCUCUUUCCCAGGGCACCAAUGCUCUAUACAAGAGGGCAUGGCUUUUAAAGUAGUGGGUGGGAAGUUCAAGGGAGAUAUUAGAGGAAGGUUUUUUACCCAGGGAGUGGUUGGGGCAUGGAAUGUGGUGGAGGCAGGUACAUUGGUCAAAUUCAAGGGAUUGCUAGAUAAGCAUAUGGAUGAAUUUAGGGGGAUAUGUGGGAGGAAGGGGUUAGAUAGUCUUAGGCGAGGUUUAAAAGGUCGGCACGACAUUGUGGGCCAAAGGGCCUGUAUUGUGCUGUACUGUUCUAUCAUCCUAUGAUUCUAUGAUUGGAGGGCUUGAGUUAUAAAGAGAGAUUGGAUAGGCUGGUUCUGCUUUCCCUGGGGCAAAGGAGACUGCAAGCUGAUGUGAUAAAGAUUUAUAGAAUUAUGAGGGACAUAGAUAGGGUAAAUAGCCAGAAUCUGUUUCCCCAUGGUAGGGGUGUCUAAAACUAGAGGGAAUAGGUUUAAGGUGAGAGGGAGGAGCUUUAAAGGGGAUUGGAGAGGUAAAUUUUUCAUGCAGAGAGUUGUUAGUUUCUGGAAUGAGCUGCCAGAGGAGGUGGCGCAAGCAGGAUCAGUAGCAACAUUUUAGAAGCACCUGAACAGGUACUUGAAUGAGCAGGGCAUAGAGGGAUAGAGGGAUUAAUGCAAGCAAGUGGAAUUAGUAUCGAUAGGCAUGAUGGUUAGCAUAGAAGCAGUGGGUCAAAGGGUCCAUUUCCAUGAACUACACUCUCUGCCGCCAUGACAUGCAAGAAACCAGUACUUAAAGGGUAUGGAGAGAGAGGAAUGUACACAAUAAAAGAAAUAUAUGUGAUCUCACUGCAUCCCAAAGGACUUUACAGUCAAAAAAGUACUUCAUGAAAGCAGGAUAAUCCACAGAUGCUGGAUAUUUGAAACAAAACAGGAAAUGCUACAAAUACUCAGCAGACCAAACAGCAUCUGUGGAGAAAGAAACAGUUAACGUUUCAGAUCAAUGACUUGUCAUCAGUAUUUUCUGACGCACAAUUACCAUUCAACGCAUAGCCAAUUAACACACAGCAAAGCCCUAGAAACAGUAACAUAAUAAUAUCCAAAUCAGUUGUGAAGUGCAUGAAAACACUGCUACUCAAGGUAAAUUAUAAGACAAUUUAGAUUUAUAUUUUAAUUUUAGUGUUACAUAUGAAUAAAAUAAUUUAAAGUUCACACGCAAUUAACACAUUUUUAAACAUUCUGUGGGAUAACAUAUGCUGGAGCAAAAACUCAAUUAUUUUCAUCAUAAAAUAAUACAAAAUGUAUCUUUCUUAAGCAUAUUUUUCUUUCUACUACCCUACAUACAUUCAUUGUAAUCUUUCACAAGGACAACCAUGUUUAUCCAUUUCAUGAAAGAAAGCAACAAAAUUUGUGGAGCUCUGAACCAUAAAUAACCAAAAUAAAACAUUUUAUCUAAAUGCUUUUUGCAUGGAUUUUCACCUUACAAAAUAUUAAAAAUUCUUUCUUUCAUUUAUUGAGGUUCUUUCUCCAGCUACAUAAUUGGUUACUCAGACCAACUUGUCAACAGAUAAAUUGACUGCAGGAAAGGAUUAACAACAGGACUCCCAGAAAUUGGUCUCCAAUACAGCAAACUCAUCAUUCACUGCAAACAGAUUCUAUUUAAAAAGAGUCCCCACUACCGACAGUAAACAGAAUAUAUAACUGAAACUAUCUCAGUCACCAUGAUAUAUUCAGAAAAAUGCAGUGAAUGAAGAAUAGUUACAUAAUACAACAUUGUUUAUUCUCCUCUCCAGCAAGAUAUGGGCACUGUUACCUACAAAUUAUAAAAUUAAUGUGAUAUUUAUAGCAAUAUCAUCACUAAGCCUGAUUUGACAAAGGACAAAAUGGGCAAUCUUCCCCAUUUUGGCCAGGAAUAAUUAUAUACUGUCAAUAAUGUUUGAAACAGUAUUGAAAAAUAUUUAACAUUACAAGAGGAUUGACAUCUUUUUAAUAAAGUAAUAGUAGAUUUUGUUACACGAAAGCAUUCUCUUCGCAUAAUUCUUGCAAGCAGUAGAAGCUAGUUAUUAAUGGUGCGCAAUUAAAUAUUACUGUUGCUAUUUUCUCACUUUAAUAUUUGACCAAAUUGUAAUCAACAGUAAAUAAUUUGGAAUGAAAAAUCCAUAUAUACUAUAUUGCCUUUCACACACUAAUAUAUUUUCUUUACCACUAUAAAUGGAGUGUUCAAUUAUAUUAUUGCUUGUUUUCAUUUUGCAGAAAAUGUGCACAUUUUAAAUAAUUUUAGAAUUGACAAUGAAUUAAAUGAUGCCACAUAUAUACAAAAUAUUAUUUCACCUGCUGAACAACCCAUUUUCUGCAACACUGAAGCUGGAUUGCUCAGUUUUACAAUUAACUAUUAUUGAAUGUGCAAUGGCACUGUUCCCAGUUAAGUGAAUAUAUUAAGUGAAUAUGUUAAAUGACACUUUCUUGUUGUGAGAUUAAUUGAUUUGACAGCUGUAACAAACAAAAAUUUAUUUCAGCUCAUUUUAUUCAGAAAAAAAGUCAAUAAUGUAAUUAGUCAUAUAUUGAACCUGAUUGACAGAAUAUGCCAUAGUAUUUGAGAGCUACAGUUACCCAGUUAUAACUGUGCCAUAUGUGCAGUGAACUCCUUAAAUCACAAUGA